AAUUAUUGUUUUCUUUCACGGGUCAUACUGCUAACAUUUUAAUACUAAGUGCUUUUGCAUACCUUAGUCAAAGACCUAGGUAAUAUUUUAUUUAGAGUUAUAGAGUGUUUAUUUGGUCUUAAUGUCUUGCCAUCUUUCUUUAAUUUAUUAUUUGUGAUAGUUCUUUGUCAUCAUUAUUUCAACGAUUGAAUAGGUAAUAUACCAAUAUGAGAGUUGAAUUUUGUUCCAAAUGCAAACUCCACUCACCUGGUUUGGCUAUAUUCAUACUUUAUACACAUAUACAUUCAUCAUACAUCCUAUUUGUGAUAGUGAUAACAGACUUAGCAAUUCUACAAUUUUAGCAACUUCAAUUCAACAACCAUGUUACCUGUCUUUUGGUCUAUAUGCCGCCUUGUCUUGUUUCAUCUCUUUACUUUAAAUUUCCUAAACAAAUCGGCCUCUGCCUUAGGAAACGAGACUGACUAUUCUGCAUUAAUCAUAUUCAAAAAAUCAAUAACGAGUGAUCCUUUGGGAGUAUUAAACUCUUGGAAUAGUUCUAGCCACUUUUGCAAGUGGCAUGGAGUAACUUGCAGUCGAAAACAUCAAAGAGUCACAGAGAUAAAGUUGGCAGGAUAUCAGCUGCGAGGUGUUAUAUCACCUCACGUUGGUAAUCUUUCCUUUCUGAGGAUCCUCUACCUUGAUAAUAAUCGCUUCCAUGACAAUAUGCCGCGAGAAUUAGGCCGUUUAUUUCGACUGCAGGCCAUCUCUUUGGAAAAUAACACUUUACAAGGUCAAUUUCCAAUCAGUUUGACAAAUUGCUCUCAACUGGGGGAGAUUGGAUUAGAUGGGAAUCAUUUUAUUGGCCAAAUACCAAUGGAGAUUCACUCCCUUACCAAGCUUCAUUUUUUCAGUGUUGCAAAAAACAAUCUAACCGGUCGGAUUCCACCAUGUAUUUGGAAUCUUUCUUCCCUCACUUCUCUUUCUUUUGCUUAUAACUACUUGGAGGGAAACAUACCGGAAGAAAUAGGCCUUUUAAAAAACUUAACCGUGAUGUCAGUGUCACAAAACAGAUUAUCUGGUACACUUCCCUUAUCACUUUUCAAUAUGUCAUCUCUCACUGACCUCUACACAGCAGGCAAUCAAUUCCAUGGUUCUCUUCCAACCAACAUGUUCACAACCCUCCCAAAUCUUAGGCAAUUUCUGUUUGGCUCGAAUCAAUAUUCAGGUCCAAUCCCAACGUCCAUCAGUAAUGCAUCUCGGAUGCAAUUGUUUGAUAUUGGUCUAAACAAUUUUGUAGGACAAAUUCCAAAUCUUCGGAAACUACAAGAUCUCUUUAUUUUUGCCGUAGACGCAAAUCAUCUUGGCAGCAAUUCAUCGUCCAGUGGUGAUGACUGGGAGUUUAUAAAAUCUUUGGUAAACUGUAGUAAACUUGAUAUAGUAUUUGUUCAGGAUAAUAACUUUGGAGGUCCUUUGCCCAAAGUUAUUGGCAAUUUGUCCACUCAUCUCUCACAACUUGCUAUGGCUGGCAAUCUGAUAUCUGGAAAAAUUCCAUCAGAACUGGGAAAUCUUGUAAACUUGAUUUACCUGUCCAUAGAGGACAACCUCUUAAUUGAUGUUAUUCCAGAGAGUUUUUCUAAGUUUCAUAAAAUGCAAGAAUUGUCUUUAAAAAUAAACAAACUUUCGGGUGAAAUUCCGGCAGCUAUUUUAGGAAAUCUCAGUCAAUUGUCUCUGUUGGAUUUAUCAUACAAUUUGUUGGUUGGAAAGAUUCCCUCAACUAUUGGAAAUUGCAAAACGUUGCAAGCAGUAGACUUUUCAAUGAACAACCUUAGUGGAGCUAUACCAACAGAACUUCUUGGCCUUUCCUCAUUAUCAAUACUACUCAACCUAUCACACAACUCAUUAAGUGGUAAUUUGCCUCCUGAGGUGGGCUUGCUUCGAAACAUUGGAGUGCUUGAUAUCUCAGAAAAUCAUCUCUCUGGUGGCAUUCCUGCAAUAAUUGGAGAUUGCUUAAGCUUGGAAUACCUUUUUUUAGAGGGUAAUUCUUUAGAUGGAAACAUACCAUCUUCUUUAUCUUCACUAAAAGGUCUUCUACAACUUGACCUAUCGAGGAACAACUUGUCUGGUUCAAUUCCACAAGAAUUACAAAAUAUUUCUGCAUUAGAAUGGUUCGAUGCUUCUUUUAACAAGUUGGAGGGUGAGGUUCCCUUGCUUGGCAUUUUCCAGAAUGCUAGUAGAGUUUCACUGACCGGAAAUGACAGGCUUUGUGGCGGAGUAGCAAAACUGAAUCUGCGACUUUGCCCGCCAAAAGAUGUGAAAAAGAGAAAACACCAUACCCACCGCAAGUUGAUCAUAAUCAUCUUCUCAAUUGCAUUUCUUCUUCUACUGUCAUUUGUCCUUACUUUCAUCAUCUAUAAGCUAAUGAGGAAAAGGCAGAGAAAAGCAUCCACUGAUUCAACAAUUGAGCAACUUCCAAAGGUAUCAUACCAAGAACUACACCAUGCCACUGAUGGAUUCUCUGGUCAGAACUUGAUAGGAACUGGAGGUGUAGGUUUUGUGUACAAAGGAAGACUUAAUUCAGAAGAAAGAGUUGUUGCAAUAAAGGUUCUAAACCUUCAGAAGAAAGGAGCUCAUAAAAGUUUCAUUGCCGAAUGUAAUGCUUUUAGAAAUAUCAGGCAUAGAAAUCUAGUCAAGAUUAUCACAUGUUGCUCGAGUGUGGAUCACAAAGGUAAUGACUUUAAAGCAAUAGUUUAUGAAUACAUGACAAAUGGAAGCUUAGAGGAAUGGUUGCAUCAAAAUGUAGAACAACAAAGAACACUGAAAUUGGAAAAAAGAUUGGAAAUUGUUUUUGGAAUUGCUUCUGCAUUACACUAUCUUCACUAUGAAUGUGAAAAACCUAUUGUUCAUUGUGAUUUAAAACCAAGCAAUGUCCUUCUUGAUGAUGACAUGGUUGCUCAUGUGAGUGAUUUUGGCUUAGCCAGACUAGUUUCAACAAUUGAUGGUAACUCAAAUAACCAAACCAGCUCGAUGGGAAUAAAAGGGACUAUAGGUUAUACUCCUCCAGAGUAUGGAAUGGAUUCUCAAUUGUCAACAGAAGGCGACAUGUACAGCUUUGGGAUUCUUCUUUUGGAGAUGUUAACCGGUAGAAGACCAACUGAUGAAAUGUUUAAAGAUGGGCACAACCUCCAUAACUACGUAGAAAUUGCAUUUCCAAAUAACAUUUUGGAGGUUGUUGAUGCAAAUCUCCUCUCAAUGGAAGUAACAACAGAAGUUGCAAAUGAUUUGCAUCCUAAUGUUGAGAGGUGCUUAUCUUCGUUAUUUAAGAUUGGAUUAUCUUGUUCUGUGGAGGCUCCAAGAGAACGGAUCAAUAUCAAGGAAGUCAUCACAGAACUCAAUAUAAUUUCAAAAACUUUGGCUGAUCCAAGGGAUUAAAGAUUAUUAAGGGUGAGCUUGUUGAUGGUCUUGACCACUUCACCAUUUCUAUGAAUGCUGCACAACACACUAAUGUUACAUCGCUAGUUACGUGUAAUAAUGUCGUCAUACAUACAGUUCUGUUUUGUUUUCUUUUAGUGUUCCCGUUAAUAAAAUGUAUCUGGAUUCAUCAAACAUUCUAUAAAUCUAUACAGCAAACAUUUUCUUAUAAUAAGGACCGGUGGGAGUAAUACUUUGUGAAUUCAGUGUUGAAUAAUACAAACUGUUCAUUUGUGGCAUGUAAAUGUCAGACUCGUAAAUGUGCUGAAUUAUAUAUAUUCUUCUUCCGAUUGUUCUAUAAGUUCAUUGGCUAACGAAGAAGGUUAUUUUUUGGGAUCAA